AUGAUACCGACAUCUCAUCAGCACACCGCUGAAAGGCAUCGUAAGGGAACGUUCAGACCGUCAAUUCCAAUACAUUCGCCUUCGAUGAGUUCUGUCCAAUCGCCAAUUACUAUAUCUGCUUAUCCGCAAUAUGCAUACAAUGGAGAACCACUACAGUAUAGUCACUCCCCGUCACCUCAAACUCAUUAUCAGGCUUCAUCUUACCUUCAUCCACAUCCUUAUUCCUAUCCUCAUCCUCAUGUCCAUACCCAAUCCCCCUCCCAUAGUCUACCCCAGAGAUUACCUAGAAAAUCAUCCGAUCAAACUCAAGAUCAAACGGCAUCGAUGUUUCCGAAUUCGCACUCUGCACAAUCAAAUAGAGCGACUACUUUCCCUCCAAAGCAUCAUCCAGCCACAGGUAGUCCUCAGCGCGUGUACCAUGCUACUCGAUCAAGUAAUUCCUAUGCCGAUGACCACUCACCUCCUCCAGAUGCCUAUGACAAUCAACUUGGACCCCAAUCCCAUCAUAUUCCAAAUAGAAAGAAAAGAUCGAGAGAUCUAUCUGGAACAAAAUCAGCCAUUCCAGAUCAUCCUCAAAACAUAACUUCAUCUUCAACUACAACUACAACCACACAUUCGCUCUCCAACACGAGUCCACCUCUGAUAUCACUCACACCUACGAAAGGCACUUUCUGGAAAUCAGAACAAUCAUCCACAACUGUGAAUGAGAUCCCAGCUUUCAUUGAUCAAUCGGCCGGGUCAAUUCCUUCAGUAUUGACCAGGGAGAAAAAACCAAAAGCUUGUUCAGGUUGUAGGAAAGCGAAACUGAAAUGUAUAGUUGAACAAGGUAACUCGGAUUGUAUAAGAUGUCAAGCUAGGAAAGAGCGAUGUCUUUUUUUUCCUAGAAGUAAUGACGAAGAAUCUCAGCUCAAAUUACAUCAUGACUUAUACGAAGCGACUCGACACUUAAAUCAAUUAUCAAAAGCGGUACAUCACAUCUUACAUCAUCUGGUCGAGAAGAAUAUCAUUCCACCUUUUGUUUCGGAUGAUCAUCCAGGAGGACUGGAGAAGUAUGAUCAUCCCAAGCAAGUCUCUUCCUUGGAUGAAGGUCAAAAUUUCAUGGUGACGAGGGAACACACCCCAAGUAAAAAAAAACGUAGAAAAGCUAUCAAAAGAGAGGAUGCUGAUGACGAUGAGCUCGACCAAUCGUAUGAAGAGCCAAGUAAAGCUCACCGACUCAAGGGCAAUCGUGGAAAGUCAUCCUCGACUUCAAUAGUCGACUUGAAUCUACCCUCAUCAUCAGACUUAGAUAUUGAAGUACUGCAGAGAUCUAAUAGUAUUUCUGAGCGACCCCGAAUACUCACUCGACCACCUUCCACAAUAGUUUCCUCUCCCGUCGUAUCGUCCCCCAAUCUACCACCUGAUAUACCACCGAAUAGACCAUCAUCGAAAACCCCACCCUUGCGUAAAUCCCCGAUUGCAGGCUGGCAGAACGUACAGCCUUCCAUAGGUCAAGUUCUGUCCUCGAAUGAAGAAGGAUGGAAUAUCGGUCAACCACCGUCAAUCUAUGAAGUGAACACAAGAACAAAUGCACCAAGAAAUCGAUUUUCAUGUCCACCAGAUCUCAACAGUGGCAUCAAGCACGACAGGAUAGUUAGCUCGCCUCGAUUUACACUCGUGCCUUCUGUCCCAAACAUGUACAUUGAGAAACAUGUAAGCUAUUCUCAAACAUCGACUGCGGCUAUCCAAUCAAAACAAUCGGUUUCACAUAUGACAGAGGAUCUUACACCCAUGGUCACACCUGAGCAGAAAAAAGAUGACCCAAAAGUGGUCAUAGGGUCUCAAGAUCCAAGAAAAGAUAUAGUAAAAAAAGACUUAAUACCUCGAAGUGAUGCUUUGUCCCUUGUCAAAUACUUUCAUCAUAAUAUAUCCACAUUCAUCUACGGACAUCCAUUACAGUUUUACCAAUUCCCUUACAUCGCAGGACCUCAAUAUAUCACACCAUUACUACUUGCCGUGCUGUGUUUGAUCUCAUCAGAAAGGACAUUGCGAUAUCAUCACCAUCAUUCUCUACUGGCAGAAGAGGUGUCUUCUUUAUUGAAGACUUCACCUGCGGAAAGUUGGCAAACUUUCAUAGGUCAUUAUACACCUGAUUUUGGCGAUCCAGAUGGGGAUGAUCCAUUAGAGCCUGAGUUCGGUUUAGGUCCAGAAGAGAUUGUAGCCGCUUGUAUAUUGGCUACUUACAUGACGGAAAGGGAACAGGCUGCUCUCAUUGCCAGAUCAGCUUUCCGAUGGGCAAGAGGUUGGAUCAAGUUGUUGCAAACUUCACCCGGACCGCGAAAUACUAUUGCGGCAUUGGCAGGAAUCAUUCCCCCUGAAAGACCUGCUGGAAGUGAUGAUAUGGCUAGGAUAUGGUUAUUGUGCUAUAUUGUGGACAGCACUGAGCGACUUCAAAUUUCGCUUGACGCCCCACCCCAUCGAGAUGCCGAAUCAUUUUGCCGAGUAUUGAUACCAUCAAAUGGGUCUGAUCAUAUCUCAACAGAACGUGAACAUACGAGACAGGAUUUCCUCCUUACGUUCCAUGCUAGACUGAUGAUCAUCUUGAAUCAAUGGAGAGAUCAGUUAAAAUCACUCGUCAGCGCUUCACAGCCACCCACCGAACUUGUUCGAGGACUAAAACAAUUAGCAAGAAACGUCAAUCAGAAUCUGAUUUUAUGGAAAACCAAGUUGGAUUCUACUUCUUCUCCUACACAGAUUCAACAUGAAGAUGGGGAAGAGCAAUGGAAGAAACAUGUCUUGAUCACCUACUAUUUCGUUAGAAUGUCAGUGAAUUCAACAUUGUCAAAAUACCUACCUCCACCUCCAUCUCUAUCAGAUCCUUCCAACAACAACGAAGAUCAUCGGUCAAUCUCCGGGUCACAUGCCAGAUCCAGUAGAAACGGGGUUUAUGAGACUAUAUACGAUGAUCAUAAAUUGAGGGAAACAAGUAAGAAUAUCGUAAUCAAAUCAGCAAUGAGCUUCAUGACUAUCUGUAAAUCAUGGGAAAAACCUGAAUCGUUGAUUAACCUAAGUCCAACUUAUCUAUAUUUCGUUACUUUGAUGGGAAGUGAAUUGGUUGAAAGUAUAAAAGAGGAUAUAGACAGAGGAAAAGAAAGUUCUUUACGUGUUGAUGAUGUGAUACUACUACUCAAGUCAGUAGGGGAGAUGCUAUUACUUGGAGAAUUGGAUCAGCAACACGUCAGUAGAACAACAGCUAAAACAUUGUUUUCGUAUUGCGAGAGACUACAGAAAUUGCGGUGA